AGUACGCCAUCUGUAGUUAAAUUAAGAAACCAUGAGGCAGGCUUAUCAGAAUAUUUUAUAGUUAAUAUUUUGACCGGCAAAAUUUUAAGAGACAAGGCGAUCUAGGAAAUUUGGGAUGGACAGUCUAAAUCCUUCUGCAGAAAUUUCGCAAUACGAAAAUGAUUUGCAACUAGCAGCCGAACUGGGAAAGAGUUUAUUAGAACGUAACGAAAUACUAGAAAAGCAAUUAGAAGAAUAUGCAGAAAUUAAUUAUCAACAAGAACAAGAAUUGAAGAAUUACUCGAAACAAGUUCAAUUAUUAAAAGAAUUUAAUGAAUCUCGUUUAAAAGUUUACGAAGAAGUUGAGAAACAAAACAAUGAAUUAGAUCAACGAAGUCAUCAUUUUCAGUCUGAAAAUGAAAGACUGCGUGAAAAAAUUAACUGGCAAAACGAACGCAUUGAGGCCUUAGAACGACACAGUGAUGAGUUGCAAAAAAACAUUGAUGAUUUUAAAGCUGACAUCUCUAAGAGGUCAGCAGAGAAAGAGCAGAAGCGAAAUCUUCACAAGCGGCGAACACUAAGCGUGCCUUCACUUCGUCGGAAGCCACUACCGGAAACUGGCUUUGCUCCGCCGCCUUCAGUUGAAGAAGUUCGAGAUACUGCCAUUGUUACGGCGCUAAAGACUACUGUUAAAAAUUUAAAGCAUGAUCUAAAACUGGAAUAUAAGAGAUCAUCCGUAAUGGAACAACAAAUUUCUGAAUUAUCUACUCGAGUUGAACAGCUAAAUAUAGAUCUUGAAAGCGCAAAAGCGAAAAAUUCGAUAUGUAUUCGAGAUAAUUCAGGAAUUCUCGAGGAUGAUUCGUACGAGCAAGGAUCGAACGAAUUGGUUCAGAUUACACUAAACGAUGACGAAAAAUCAUUAUUCGGAGAACUAAAAGAAAUGGCUGCCUUUCGUAGCAGCAAGGAUGCAGCAACGCAAACGAUCCCACUUCGAAAGCCAACAAAUUUGGAUAGACCUAAGAGUUUGCAAUUUCUCACGCCAAAAAAUCCAGUAGAGGGUCGCUUUGAAAUCAGCCCUAAUGCAGCUGAAUAUAAGCAACUAUUCAGAGAAAUUCACGAUAAUAUCAAAAAAGCACUAUCUUUUGACGAAGCGAUAGAUUAAAUAGUAUCUAAGCUAUCCUCUCCCGUCUCAAUUACCUCUAUAGAAGCAUUCAAGUACAAACAAACGAAUUGUAUGCAUAUUUAUGACACAGUCAGCCAGUCUCCUUUUCUCUCUACCUUUCCUUCUCUCUUUCUCACUUUCUCCAUUUAAAAAAAAGCUUCCUUAGAAAAUUUAUCUUUCUUUUUUUUGAAGUUGAAAUCAAUUAAGCAAAGAAUUCUAGUCGACGUCAAUUUUCUAGCCGAAUAAUAAGCAAAUUGUGUUCAGCGUUCACGUAUUAGAAGGGGAAAAAAGGGUAAAUAAUGUAUUAUCUUUUUUUGAUUAUUAUAUAUAUA